AUGAGUUCCACGACCCAUCCUCUACUGACCAAUAUCUACGAUGCGCUGCGUCACAAGUUCGAUGCCGGAGACAAGACUCUCUUCCAGAUGCAAGUUCCGACACAACCCCUCCAGAGAAGCGAGUUACAUUAUGAUGGAAGUGAUUCGGACUCUGCACGGAUGAUCAAGCCGUCUUCCGUGGCUGAGGCGGAGUUCCGUCUCACAGAUGGCAUGUUGGAGCUUUCUAACAUCGUGGGCGGUCCAAAUGGAAGCAAACUCUCAGAGACAUACGACCAGGUGCUUUCUGGUCUCAUUUCGGCUGACCAAGACGCCAACCCCGACCAAGCCAAUGAAACAUUGCAGCAGGCGAGAGAGGACCUGAGGUCUUGCGUGAACCGCAAUAUGGAUGACACAGAAGACAUUUAUCCCGUCAAUCUUGCCCCUAGCGACUGGGCUAAAAGUCUUCGGGACCCUUGGCAGCAAGACAAUGCUGGCAGCAUCCAGAGUCAGCUGCAAGACGCCAUAAGACAAUACAGCUUCCUUAAAGCAAGAAGGGACACUCUAGUGGCUGUGGUGGGCGACUUCAAAUCGUUGCAAAAAGCUGUGGAUAAUGCAAGGGCAGCUGCGGACGCCACAGAAGCACAAAUGGCGAAGGGCUUUACUGAUCCAGUUGCCCAGUGCAUAAAGCUUUACUUUGCUCAGGCUUGUUCAAAAACACAGGAAGGUAUUGAAGCUAUCAAAGGACUGAGCGACAGGAACAAGAUGGAACUCAAUGCAUUGCUCCAGCAGUACCAAGCAGGUCCACUGAGCGAUGAGCAGUGGACAUCCCUCGUUGCAUUGCAACUAAAACAUAUUCAGAACUCAAAUGAUCUUGCUAAGGCUUCCGAAGCACUUACUCGGGCUCAGACAGAAGUCUCACAGGCCACCAGUCGCGAUAGCAGGCUUGAGCUAUAUACCAUUAAUGAUCAGAUUGCGUCGCUUACUGUCGAAAUUGAGAAGUAUCAGAAUAUUCUUCGGGAAACUGGCGCUCAGAACUAUGAGGGAACUUCCCAUGCUUUCCAAGGCAGUACAACAACACCAAGAUGGGAGACCUUAGUCUUUGAUACUCGGACAUUGAUGCAGACCCAGUCAAAGCUCAGCUGUACUGCAUCUUCGAAUCUUGCUUGGUCAACCAAUCUCUUGUCCUCUAGCGAGUCUAGUAUCACUAGCUCUGCCGCGACCGGCCAGGAAUCUCCUUUGUCCGCUGAGAAUACCGAUGUCAAGGUUGUGUUAAGCGCAACGAAAGUUGCUAUCGACAGGCCAUGGUUCAACGCUCGGGUACUCGGCAAAAACAUUGAUCCUGCAGCCUCUACUGUCCCAAAUAUCUCAGCAGGUAACGCUGAGGAUGUCCGCAAACUAUUUGCUAGCGGCUCGAUAGUCGAUACCACUGAUUGUCAGCUACCGGCCUGGACCACUAGUUUCCUUGUUGUCCAGGAUGUGUGCAUUACCCUGACCCCUCAAACCACCUUCCAGAAGAGUCAGGUCCAGGACAUCGAAGAUUGUCUAUCAUCGGGUGGUAGUUUGCUAGUAUUUCGAGCUUCCAAGAGUGAUACAAAUGGGAAUCAGGGAGCUGGGUACGGCGUAAAGGGCGACAGCAUGAUGAUAAACGUCCGUAUUUCUGCACCUCAGAUUCUUGGCUGGUUCACCCAAGUAUCUCCAUAG